ACUUUAUUGCAAGCCUUUCUCAAGGCGAGCAGCCCCGUGGAGGAGGAGAAGUGCUUCUCGCCGUUGGCCGAUGGCGCAAAAUACAUCGACUUCACAUCAUACCUCUUAAGAUGCCUUCAGUCUGCAAUUACCGAGGCAAACUUCACGAAAACCGACGUAAGUCAUCAUACAGCUGCAGGAGUCGAUGCGUGCGACCGUUGGCGUUUUUUACGGGCGCGUUGUGCGGCUACUGGAGGCUCUUCUCCCCAUGAAAAUGCCCAAGGAGUUCAUGGGCGAGCCACCUGCAGCAACUGCUUUGGUUUCUGUCGUGUAGCGAAAUCUGACCAGGCCAAACGUAUGCGUCUGCCCACCCUGCGUCACAUGCUCACGGACACCUGGAGCAAGCUCUUCGAGAAGGAGCUACCUGAUGACUUGAUGUUGGAUUCACUGAUGCGACUGGGUGAUGGUCAGUUAGACAAGAUGACCGACACGGCGCGCCUCCUGGCCCCCUACGUGACAACCGUCUUCGAUCCGCCCUCCCCCGAUGUGCCCCCCUCCUGGUCGCGUGCCGUCUCUCGCGCCAUCCUCAAGGUCAUUCAUCUGGGAGGGCUCAACUUUGACAGGCUCUAUCCUCGUCUAUAUCAGCUGCUCGACGACAGCCUUCUCACGUGUCCACACGCAGAUCGUUUCCUCGUUGAUCUCGAUGACUUCCUGAGCUCCAUUCACUUGCCGGCCGGCUGGGUCGCGGCUUUCGCCAAACGCCUUGCUCAGCUAACUGUUCAAGGGGCGUCCCUGUGGCUUUUGCCGCCUCUGCUAACUGUGGUGGCCAAUUGCCUCAUCCGUCAUCCCAUGAGUCGUGUCCUCGUGGAUCGUAAGUCCUCGUCGGUGGACAGCAAGCGGAGACGUCUGGAAGACGGCGCGAAUGAAGAAGAGCAUGACGAGGCGGAAGCAGACGAAUGUUCAGGGGAUCCAUACACCUGGAGGCCCAAUUCCCUGGCCGACGAUGCGCCGGACGCCCUUAAGAGCAGUCUGUGGGAGUUGGCGUGUCUGGAGAAACACUAUCAUCCUGAAGUUGCCUCCCUAGCUCUGCGGGUUCGGCAGAUUGCUGGAUCAACGAAGCCCGAUCACUUGCCCGAUUUGAAAAAUCAGGUUCGCCUAGGAAAAAAUGUACGUUUCACGCACAGGUUGCCUUGA